AUGAACGUCACUAUUCCGGACAUCGCCUGCUAUUAUCCCAAGCGAGACGUGGUUGUGCCGCCUCUGCUGACUCAGACACACGUCAUCCCCCCGAAGCGCGUGCGCACUGCGGCCACCCCUGCUUCUGCUGCUGAUGCUGAAUCUGCUUCUGAUGAUGAUGAUGCUGCUGCUGCCUAUGGCGGUCGUACGAUCCGCGUGCUGAUGGUGACGUCAGCGAGCAGCAUUGCUGACGCGAGCAGCGACAGCAUCAAGGUUGAACGCAUGCACCAUAACUAUGCGGUGGAGAAGUGGUUGAUAGAGCUAUACACGUCCCAUGCGGCAGCCAUCUACGGGUGGAAGGUUAACUUCCAAGGCGACAGUGAGGAGGCUGGGGGGGUCAGAGGGGAUGCCUCUGAAACCACUGCUGCUGCCGCUGCUGCUGGCGCUGCUUCUGGCGCUGCUGCUGGUGAUAGUGCUGCUGCUGUUGCUCCUGCUGCUGGCGAUGGUGCUGCUGCUGGUGUCGACAGCGAGUGGGGAGAGAGUGUGUUCUGCCUCGUGCUUCCCGGUCGGGCUCAGUGGACCGUCCAGCUCGCCAAGGCAAUCCUCUCAGGCUGCAUCCCAGUGACCUUUCUCCGUGCCAACGACAACCCCUGGGCCGCGUCCCUGUACCGUCACAAGGCAGCAGCAGCAGCAGCAGCAGCAGCGUCCCCCUCUGCCACCCCCUCUGCCACCGCCUCUCCUCCUUCGGCCCUCAACUACCCGGUGUUCUCUCUCAACAUCGACCCGGCGGAUCUCAACUCGCUGCCCCGCAGGCUGCAGGAGGCGUUUGAUCGGCCGGGGCUGGUGGCGAGGCUGCAGCACAACCUGGGGCUCGUGCAGGACAUGUUCAAGUGGCAUGACUCCCUGGACCGGGGGGCAGGAGAAAUGCUCAUGAGCAGGCUGAGGAGGAUUGGAGCAGCAGCAGCGGCGCAAUCGCACGCGAGACGCGAUUUAGAAUCCCGUGGACUUUCCCCCACCUCCGCCGCCGUUCUCGCUGCGCGAGACUCGCAGCUCCUUCCUGCAGCGACUAUCGGAUCCGUCUCCGCGUUUUCCGGCAGCGGGGACGACGGCGCGGGUGCCGGGGGCAAUGAUAAAGACGCAGCUGGCGACGAUAACAACCGACCGUUUAUUUAUGUGUACGACACGCAAUCGGAGUGGACGGAGGGGAUGAAGGAACGCAAAAAGGAGUGGUUUUCUGACCAAUACGAGGUGGAAUCGGUACUGACGGAGCUGCUUAUGCGCAGCAACGCGAUUCGCACGACGGAUCCCGAAAAGGCGACGCUGUUUUACGUGCCGUAUUUCUCGUCGAACCACCUCGCGCACGUGAACAAGAAUGAGAAAAACAUGAUGGAUAAGGCUGUCGGGGAAGUUUCCAAGGCGUGGCACGAGAUUCUCACCAUGAUUCGCAGCGAUUUCCCCUACUUCAACCGCACCAACGGCCGAGAUCACUUUGGCACGAGCACGUUCGAUCAGGGCCGUUGCCACGCGCUGACGUGGGUCAACCCCGAUUUGUACGGCGAGAUGUUCUUUGUGAUGCUCAACGGGGACCGCCUCGCGCGCACCAUCCACGCGUCUGUCCAGCGGAACCUGCAGGUGUGUGCGUGCUGGGGGGAAGGAAUGCGGGGAAAGGAAGAAAGGAAGCUGCAGGUGGGGGGGGGAGCGAGCAGUGGUAAGGUGCGAGCAGUGGUAAGGUGUGCAUAG